AAAUUCAAUAAAAACCAGUUUAAGAGCGAAAUGGAAGCCGAGAAAUGACUGGCGUCCGGAAUGACCGAACCAUAACAUUGGGUGCAAAAAUGGCUGCACGGGCGCAUGUAGACGAUUCCGUGAUUGAGAGAAGGUUACGUCCCAUUUAUGAUAGGAGGACAUAAACAACUGAUUUUCAGUGCUGAGUUGGUUCUGCUCUCCCCCGGUAGUGGGUGGGGGUUAUCGCUUAGCCAAAACAAUAGAGCGCUACCACAAAUUGCAAAAUUCUAGCUGUCGACAGAUAGAAACUAUAGCUAUAUAACUACUUGAAUGGUUGGACACCGGCAAUAACAAGAAGGCCGUACAGGAGGCAGAUAAAGUUUUACGCAAACAGGCCAGCCUUCACUGUGCCAGAGUUCUCAAAGGCCUCGCACUGCUCCGUCUUAAUCGGCGGGAGGAAUGCGAAAAUCUUAUUUCAGCCGUCAUUCAAGAAGGCCCAACAGAUGAAGCCACCUUACAGGCUCUCACAAUAUGUUUUCGGGAGAUGCACCAACCUGACCGUAUUUGCACCGUUUAUGAAAUGGCUGUCAAGUCAGAACCCAGCAACGAGGAACUUCUCUCUCACCUCUUCAUGGCUUACGUGAGAAUCGGCGACUACAAGAAUCAGCAGCAGACCGCCAUGAAGCUUUAUAAGCUCAAACCAAAAAAUCCCUAUUAUUUCUGGGCCGUUAUGAGUCACGUAAUGCAGGCUCACAAAUCUGUUGACCCAAAGGGGAAGAGAAUCAGCCUUCUUCUUGCGGAAAGAAUGAUAGACAUGUUUGUCAAAGAUGGGAAAAUUGAUGCGGAAGCUGAGGUGUUAACUUAUCUCCAUAUUUUAGAAACUCAGAAUAAGUAUGCUGAAGGCCUAGCGGUCUUAGAUGGACCCUUGUCUGAGAAGGUCAUCCAUCAACCACAGAAUUUUUUAGCCUUGAAAAGGGCGACCUACCAUGCCCGCUUAAACCAGUGGGAAUUGGCCUCCUCUGUAUGUAAGGAUUUAAUUAUGAAAGAGCCAGAUAAUUGGCAACAUUAUGUCGAGUACAUUCGGGUUAUGAUGGAGCUCAAGUUAACUGGGAAUUCAACCAAUGACCCACUUGUUGAGGCGGCUGCCUUUUUAGCAGAGGUGAAACGACAAGAGUCAACCCACAGCAGAGGGCCUUUAUUGGGACUUUUGCAGUUAGCCCUAGUGCUUCAAGAGAAAGGGAUGGCAGAACGUGUAGAAGAAUUAUGUGGAGACUUUGUGGAGAUACUCCAGGAGUAUAUUCGCGACUAUGGGGACAAAAUGUGUUGUUACGGUGAUAUUGUUAACUUUUUACCACUUGUGCCAAAAGAUCAAAUUUCAAUUUUCCUGGAAUUUGUCCGAGUGCUCGUCCGGUUUAAUGAAGAAGGGAUUCCUGUAGAUGUAGAGGCUGUGUAUCGUAAUUUAUGCUGGUUGCAACUUACAAGAGCCUUAGGACAGCAGGAAAGCCUGAGUGUGUCGGAGCAUGUCCAGUUUGCCGACACUUUAGUGAAGUUGUAUAAACAGACCCUACACUUGUCUUCGCACAUGGCAGAUACAGACAUUAGGCCGGGGGAUGCAUAUUUAAUUUUAGCAGCUCACAGUUACCUGACAGCCAUACUCAAAUGUGGUGUCACCACGAAUGAUGUUGACCCACGCCACUUAAUACUCAAGGUUGCAACUAUUUUAGAACAAGGCAUUGAAAUCUCCAAAGCUAACUUCCAGUUGAAGCUGUUACUCAUAAAGAUAUACAACAUGAUUGGUGCCACAAAUGCCUCGCAGACUGUGUAUGAAAAGUGUGAUCUAAAACACAUUCAGCUAGAUACGUUAGGUCAUGUUUUGGCUUUGCAGUCUGUCGACUCGGCGAAUUACUCUGUCACCACUGACAUAAUCUCAUUAACGCUCAAAUUUUUCAUGGCCAAUUACAAAGAUACUUCUGAUCCAUUAAUAUCUUCAUACAAAUAUGGAUCUUUAACGAGAAUUCCAGAAUUUGUGGAUUUCCGUGAAAGAUUGAAUAAUUCCCUCCAUUUUGCCAUACUGACAGCAGAACAGAUGUUGUUGGAUUUAACUAUGGAAGUGAGCUCUCACAGCCAAUUUUUAGAAGCUGUACAACAGAUGGAUAUAGAUCCCACCACAGACAAAACAAAGUGGGAAGAACUCUGUGACAAUCGAGACUUACGGGUUAUGAACACCUGGGAACCACUGCACAGGUGUUUGCAAGAAAAUGACAUCAAAGCCAGUGCAGAAGCAGACAUUGCUUUGUUGAAACUCCGCAAUGUCACUUUACGAAUGGUGGGUGCAGCGUCCAGACUAGGUCAUUCAAAGGUGAAUAAUGCCCAAGCUUCAGCCAAUAAGGAAAACAGUGGAAUCAUGAACGGUGAAGCUAAUCAGUCUAGUGAUGCACAGCUUCUAGUAGAACUUACAAAGCGCCUUGAAGAAGAAUAUGAAGAAUGUAGCAAAUACAGCAACAAUAAACCUCCUGAGCUACCACUGCAAGGUCCAGAUCCGUCCAGAAUAUACCUCUACACAUCCAGAAAUUAUAUUCCAGUCCUAGUCAGACAUUCACAUAUUUUACAACAAGUCCACUCCUGCACCCAGAGUUCAGUUGGGAUCGAGAACUGUUCAGGAGAAAGCAUAAAACAAGCCAGGGAAGAGAUUGAAGAUUUGAUAGCGUUACACUUGCAGGACCUAGAGUCCUUAGAGACGAGCACCCCCAGAGUCUGUCCAGGUGUGAAUCCCCCAGCCCUAGCACACCUCCACCACCUCUCUCAAACUAUAGGCCUCGUUGCCGUGCUCCUAGGAUGCUGUUUCGUUAUCUUAAAACCUAUCAAAGCUGCCGUUUCCAAGAAGAAUAAAAAGAGUAAAGAAUCUGUUACUAUGCCGGAGGUGGUUCCUCAAUUCAUGAACUACAUCACAUCCCUGUCUGGCGAUCUUCAGAAAUUUGAGAAGGCCAUCAGUGACAAGUGCAAGGAGGUCAAAUCGUGUGCGGAGGAGAACAGCCAAAAGGGUUACUCCUCUGUGGAAAUAUCGUCUCCUCUAACGAGUCACGAAGAUGCCAAACAAGUGUGCGAAAAAAUAGAGCAAAGUUUUAUUAAAAGCUUAGGAAAUCUUUCAUUUUCUAUAAGCAAUAAAGUUAAGUAUGUGUCAUCUCUUAAACUCUAAUGUUGAAUAUUUUUUUAUCUCCAAAAGAUGUCCAGCCGAGCUUUCUUUGGUGACGCUCGGCUGGUCAUUUUAAAAAAUUACAUUAUUGGUCUCGUUUUCAGACCGUAAGUAAUCAUUAUUACACUUGUUUAUAAUGAAAAUAUAUGAUUUA